AUGUUCCAGCCAAAUCCAAACCGAAUUCCUCUAUUCUACCAGUCACCAGCUUCAUAUGGAGUCAAUGUAGGCAACGCAAACUUGCCUGAAUACACGUUUGCACCCAGUCCGAUGGGCCAGGGCAGCGGCGGCAGCGGCAGUAGUGGUGGUGGUAGUAGUGUAGGCGGGGGAGGAGCCAACAACCGCAGUCCAGGCCUGAAAUCGGGCGCCGCUGCUGCGACUAGCAGUAGUAGUAGCGGUAGUACGAAUACAACUGCUGCUGCUAGUACUGCACUCACCUCACCCAUCUUCUCUAGUCUUUACGACCACCACAACCUCAACCACAGCCAGCAGCAGCCGCAACAACAACAACAACAACAACAACACCAACACCAACAUCUUCGGUUUCAACACCACGGACUGCCGUCGUCGCCAGAUCCUCCCUCUUAUCAUCAUAACCAUCACCAGAAGCAGGAGCAAAACCACCAACACCAUCCCGGAUACGCGACUUCUUACGAUCAAGGAUCCUACAACGUCAAGAUGGAGGCCCCAAGCGACCUCGCCCAGCAAGAGGCCGCUGCCCGGGACUAUCAGCCUGAGCUCAAGGGUCCGUAUGUUAGCGACAAAAAGUCGAGUCAAGCAAUCACGGAAGAAUAUGCCAAGGCAAACCCCGUUUACGUUGCCAAAACUGUGGCAUUGCCCCUGACGUACACAACCUACCGUCAGAUCCAGGGUGAUGGUAAUUGUGGCUGGCGAGCCAUCGGCUUUGCGUACUUCGAGAAUCUGGUACAAUGUGGUGACAUUGACCACCUGCAAACCGAGUUUGCUCGCAUCAUGUCGCUGAAUGAAUUUAUUCAACAUACCGGCGGCUUUGAUCUUUACUUAUUCGAGGACAUGGUCGAGCCGACGACAACAUUGUUUGAAGAAGUAAUCAAAGCCCUCGACCAAGGGCAGGACGCCAUGCCGAUUGUGCUGGACAUGUGGAAUGGACCGGCCUCCGACGGCAUGAUUUACCAUCUUCGCCUACUCGCGGCAUCGUGGUUGAAAGGCAACCUACCUCAAUACGAGGCCUUCAUUACAGGAGACGCAACUACUUACUGCGACCAGUGGAUCAUGCCUGUCAACAAGGAGAUAGAUCAGAUUGCUCUUGAUCUUCUGUUCAAUGUCUUCCUUAAACCAGCUGAUAUCGUCCUGGAGAUUGCAUAUCUUGAUACGAGUCCAGGCACAGAGGUGAAUACGCAUCGAUGGCCUGACGAAGCCAAGAGCAAGGACCCAGCGGAACUGGGUUUCAUGAUCAAUCUUCUUUAUCGUCCUGAUCAUUACGACAUCUUGUAUCGCGAGCAAGUUCUCGCACCUCAGCCUGCUGCGCCUCCGGCUGCUCCUGCUUCUGUGCAAGUUAAUCGAGUCUCGUCAUUGUCCCACCAUCAUGACAUUCAGAGCAAUGUAUCUUCUCUUGGGGCCUUUUCAACUAUGAAUAUGGGGGCGCUGUCUAUGAUACCUGGCUUUGGUGUUGGAGGGCCGCCGCCGUCUUCGUUCCCACCGCUUGGAUCUCCACCAAUUUCCCCAAUGGAAUCAGCCUUUAGCCCACCGGCUCAAACAUCAUGGAUUCCACAAUACACGGAAUCGCCAGCUGUGGCUCAAUCGCCGUUGUCACCAACACAUAGUGUACCCUCGCAGCCCUCACCUCAACCUCAGACACAAGAUGCAACGUCGCUGACAUCGUUGCGCUUCAGCAAGCACAUGUUUCCAGUCCCUGGUGGAGCUGAAGCAUCUCCACAGCCCCCAGAUCCUGCUUUUCAGGUCCAAACUAAUAUCUUCAAACAAAGCUACUACAAUACAGCUCACUAUAACAAUCCCCACUUCCAGCCUGAGGAAUACAAACCGGACCAGGACGAGGAUGCGCCCACGGGUAGAAUGGCUAACCGGAAAAAGAGUUCUUCUUAA